AGAAUAUAUAAUCUCCAGAAUUGUAAAAUCAAACAUAUUAAGUAAAAAUAAUUUUGGAUAAUUUUUUAUUUUAUAAGAGAUAAGAUUUAAAUAGUUGAAAUUUAUAAAUAUUUUAAUAAAAAUUUUUAUUUAAUAUGAUAAGAUAAUUUUUUAUAUAUAAAAAAGUAUAUAAAUAAAAAUAAAAUAUGUUAUGCCACAUAAUAAUUUUAUGCACUCUUGUUCAGUGACAUACUUGCAUUAUCCAUUUUAAGACUUAGCUUAUAUAUAUAUAUAUACACAUUACAUACUCUAUUCAAUGGGCCAUUUAACUUGUGUCUUCAAGACAAUACAAGCUCAAGAUAAUUUGUGGCCUUGUAAAGCCAGUUUAUGCGGUUCCAAGUACUGCCUGUUGUCUUUUUAAGUUUGACAAGUUUCUAGGAAAUAGCAAUUUCCGACAGAUUUUCCGGGCAGUUCUGAACAGAAAGAGGAAGUGGAGACUUGAGACCACAUAAAACUCUAAGCAUAUUAGGACAUGACACUUGUUAGAAUAAAAUUAUUUAAGAGCCAAGUUUUGUGGGUCUCUUUCUUUUUUUCUCUCUUCUUAAUUAUCUUGGACAAACAAAGAAAGCUUCAGAAACCUUGUUUAAAAGAAAAAUGGCAACAAAUUCAGCUUCAGAAACCUCAACCUUUCCUGCUGCUGAUGUUGACAAAGAAUUACAUCCUGCCCACAACAAGAAGCUCGAAGUUGAUUCUGUAUCAUCUGAUAUUGCUACCUCCAAGGAUCUUAAGGAACAAGAAGAGGCUACACAAAAGAAGAAGGAAAGGGAAAGAAGAAGGGAUGCUGUGCAAACACUCAAGACAACCAUCUUAGUUUCAGCAGUCAUUGUUGCUGUGGCUGGGGCAGCAUUUGCAAUUACCAGAAAAUUGAGAGAGAAGUGAAAUCCUAUUCUCCUUUUGCCCUUGGAUGGUGUUUUCAAUCUACUUUUUUUUUUAUUAUUAUUUUUCUUGAUAUCUUCAUUAUUUAAAAAAAAAAAAUGGAAUGUGAGAUCAUAGGCAUCCCCAUUUCCACUUAAUUAUUGUUGUGGAAGUAGUUAAAGAUUGGCAAUAUUGCCAUCUUUGUUAAUCCAAUUCAAAUACUGUGUUAUAAUAAAGUCAAAAUUUUGCAUUAGCCAAUUCAA